AUGGCAUCUUCGAACACGAUGGCCGGAGGCGAUGGUCCGAACAGCUACAGCCAGCAUUCAACGUAUCAAAGAGCGUUGCUUGAAGUUGCGAAAGAAAAGAUCAAUGAAGCCAUCUCCACCGAACUCGACAUCAACUCGGCUUCCAAUCGCUUUAACAUAGCGGAUUUUGGUUGUUCCACUGGACCUAACACUUUCCUCGCAGUACAAAACAUAAUAGAUGCCGUGGAAGAAAAAUAUCGUAAACAACCUCAACAAAUCCCGGACGAUAACACUGAGUUUCAUGUUUUCUUUAACGAUCACUCCAACAACGAUUUCAACACCCUUUUCAAAACACUCCCUCCGAUCAAAAAGUACUCUGUUGCUGGAGUACCGGGCUCUUUCUUCGGCCGUGUUCUUCCUCGAGACAGUCUCCAUGUUGGUCACUGUUCUUACUCACUUCACUGGUUGUCCCAAGUCCCCAAAGGGAUCGCGGAUCGAAGCUCUCCCGCGUGGAACAAGGACAUUUAUUGCACUGGAUUCUCGAAAGAGGUCGCGGAAGCGUACCUUGAUCAGUUCAAGAUAGACUUUGGAAGUUUCUUGGAAGCAAGAGGAGAAGAAUUUGUGUCCGGGGGUUUGCUAUUUCUUCUUGGAUCAUGUUUGCCGGAUGGAGUUAAAAUGUCCGAAACAAUGAAAGGGAUGCUUUUCGAUUGCAUGGGAAGUUGCCUCCAUGACGUAGCUAAAGAGGGAUUAAUCGACCAAGAAGAGCUGGACAAAUUCAAUUUCCCGAUUUAUCCAGCACACGUAGAGGAAUUCAAGAGAGUCAUCGAAGACAAUGGAUGUUUCACAAUAAAAGCGUUUGAGAGAAUUAGUCAUGAAAAUGAAGAAUAUCCUUUGGACCCGAAGUUCUUGGCUACAUCAUACAAAGUUACGUUUGGAGGGGUUCUUGAAUCGAGGUUUGGUAAAGAUGCAAUGGAGAAGACAAUGCAGCUUAUUGAGGAGAAGUGUUCAGAGAUACUUCCACAACUUGCGAAUGCCAAAUCAGGAAUGCAAUAUUUCAUUAUGCUCCAAAAGAAUUGA